AUGACUGACCCUGUUGCGGCUGCGGCGCCGGGCCUUCUUGAACGGCUCGAAGCGGGACCGGUCAUUUGCGCCGAGGGCUAUUUGUUCGAGCUCGAGCGCGCGGGCUAUGUCACCGCCGGCCCCUACGUGCCCGAGGCGGUGCUCGAACACCCCGAUGCGGUGAUACGGCUGCACCGGGACUUCCUGCGCGCUGGCUCCGACGUGAUGCUCGCCUUCACCUACUACGCCCAUCGGGAGAAGCUCAGGCUGAUCGGCAAGGAAGAUGGGCUCGAAAGGAUGAACCGCACCGCGAUCCGCCUCGCGCGGGUGGUGGCGCAAGAGGGCGGCGCGCUGGUCGCCGGCAAUGUGUGCAACUCCAACAUCUUCGUGGACGGCGAUCCUGAGUCCGCGCGGACGGUGCGUGCCAUGUUCGACGAGCAGGUGGGUUGGGCCGUGGACGAGGGCGUGGACUUCAUCGUCGCCGAGACCAUCGGCUAUGUGAGCGAGGCCCUGCUCGCGCUCGCAGCGAUCAAGGCGGCGGCCUGCCCGCGGUGA